GCCAUCACUUACGUUCAGUCAGCGUGUUUGUAGAUCUGCUACUUGCUUUAUCUGUUCGUGCUGUAACAGAGGACAAAACAAAAUGAGUCUAUUGAACAAGCCGAAGUCAGAGAUGACCCCUGAGGAGCUGCAGAAGCGUGAGGAGGAGGAGUUUAACACCGGGCCGCUGUCCGUCCUCACGCAGUCCGUCAAGAACAACACGCAGGUGCUUAUCAACUGCCGCAACAACAAGAAGCUGCUGGGGCGAGUCAAAGCCUUUGACAGACACUGUAACAUGGUCCUGGAGAACGUAAAGGAAAUGUGGACUGAGGUACCCAAGAGCGGGAAAGGAAAGAAGAAGUCCAAACCAGUGAAUAAAGACCGUUACAUCUCCAAGAUGUUUCUGAGAGGAGACUCGGUCAUCGUGGUGCUGAGGAAUCCUCUGAUCGCCGGCAAAUAAAUCAUACACGUACACACACACGUACACACACACGUAUACACACACACACACACACUCUGGUGGCUUGCUCUCAGUGAGAGACUUGGUGUGGAACAGUAAUACCGAUUGUGUCAUUUUGACUGGUUUGUAUUCUGAAUAAAUGUUUUGUAUUUACAGUCA